AUGAAUAAGCAAAACGUUUUGGUUGUUUCAGCAGAACGUAGAAGAUCUACAGUGAAACCUCGCCCACAUUUUCAGUUGAGCGUAAAAAACAGGUCAACAUCGAAACUAAAACCAUUAUUCCCGACAUCAACUGCAGAAACAGUUUCUAAUAAAACAAACACGCAGUUUCCAUAUCAAAGACAAAAACAAUCUCACUUUUCUAAGCUAGCAGAUUCACCAAUAACAUCCAGUGUCCCCUCAAGAAGGUAUGGAUAUCCUCAACUCAUUGAGUCAACUCAGAUUAUUGACACUAUCGUUGUGAAAGGAAGUAUUGCCAAGAACGAUAACUCUAUGACGACUGUUGCAACGAGUUCUGCUACAUAUUUCAAAGACAUGGCGACACUUUUAACCGAAUCUGUAACUAAUGAUUGUGUUCAUGAUCUAACGAAACCAUCUGGUGAUAUUAUCUUCCCUAAUCCCUUUCUAAUGUACAAAUCAAAUUUGGACAAUUUUACUCUCUCUGUAUGUCGUUGGAGAAUUCGUGUGCCAAUGGGACCUAACGUCAAGAUCCGGUUCAAUAGUUUGUCUUUAAAUCUGGAGAAGGAAUAUCUGCAGUUAUCUGUUGGAAUGGGCGGUGCUACUAAAAUGAGACGAAUAACAGGGACCAAGAUACCUCGAGAUAUUAUUUUCAACGGAACAGAGAUAUGGCUGACAUUAAAAUAUGACCACGUCAAUUCGAAUGCUCAAAUAGCAAUCAUGUUUACUGAAACUAGUGAAGAAGCAACAUUUCCAAGACAAGAAAAUUCAACUUGCGGUGGAGAAGUUAAGAAACUACAAGGAAAUUUGAUUUCACCAGGAUAUCCCUUCUCUAACUAUUCUAACAGCGAGGUGUGUUCGUGGACUAUAAACGCUCCAGCUAAUUCUGUGAUAAAGAUUGUAAUAAAAAGUUUAUAUACCGAGAUAUAUGAUCAAGUCACUAUUGGUAUCGGUUUACUUCCGGAUGUCCAGUCUUCUAAAGUACUGACAUUGUUUGGGCACCUUGAGGAAGAGAAAGAAACUAUCAUUCCAUCUAACUCAAUGUGGAUCAAUUUUCAAUCUGAUGACAGUGUUUCAGCUAAAGGUUUUCUGAUUUAUUUUGAGGUUAUUUUACAAGAAAUAUGCCGAUUCAAUAAUGAAGUAUUUACGAGUGAACAUGGUACCAUAACGUCAGUUAACUAUCCUAACCCAUAUCCCAUCAAUAGUGAAUGUUCCUGGCGAAUUCUAGCUCCUCCAAUGUCUAAAAUACAGCUUAUUGUACAUGAUUUCUUAGUUCAGGAUGACAGAGAUUUUCUUUUAGUUGGAAAAGGAGAGGAUGUAUUUGAAGGACCAUUCGAAACUUACUCCGGAAACCUUACAAAAGCAUUGAAUGUUACAUUAGAUUCGGAUAAAGUUUGGUUACAUUUCACAUCGAAACAAUUAGAAGAAGAGACAGUUUAUUCUGGUUUUAAUUUAUCAUAUACAGUAAUACUGCCAGAUAUUUUUGGAAGUCUGGUAAUAGAGCAAGGUGUAGUUACAGAACCACCAAUUAUAACAACUUUUGUAUCUCAAGAUCAACCACUAUCAGAUGAUCUAUCCGAACUAAGUAAAGACCAAAAUGGUGGUAGAGCGGGAUCAGAAUCGUCUAAUUUACCUGAAUGGUUAAUAGGUGUUAUAGUAGUGGUUAUAUUAUUGAUAAUAGUUUUCUUCGCUAUGGUCAUAUACUCAUUAGUGAAGGAAAGAAAAAAGUCCAGAGCCGGAAGUUAUGGUGCAGCAACCUCGGUAUCGUCACCAGAAGAACCAAAAGACGUCAACAAAACUGAUGGUUGCAUUCGAAUAACAUCGUUCAUUACCGAUAGCGAAACAAAUAAGGAAAAUACAAAUGGCUGGGUUGAUACCGAAGCAGCUACGUUACAAAGACGUCCACAAGGUCGAUCUAAUCCGGUAUUUAAUGAUAACGAAGAACUUAAAAAGAAAGGGGAUAAGAAAAAGUCGGAAAAGUCCAAUGAUAAGAAACACAAAGAACUUAAAGAAAAGAAUACUGACAAAGAUUCGAACGCAAGUGCGGCAGACCGGACGGAAGCUGCAUCUAAUAACGUGACAAAACCGGACGAUGAUACAAAAAUAAACGUCAGUGCUGAAGUGAAUACUAUAGGGCAACCAGAAGACACGUCAUUAACCUUAACUGAUGAACAAGUAUUAACUGUGAUGGAAAACAGUUCAGAAAAUACAGGAGGUAAUAAAGAUCUCAGUACAAACCUGUAGAAAUGUAGAAUAACAAUACUCGAGAUAUUAAAUCCUGUUACGAACAACACUAAAAGUUCAUGUAAAAUAAUUUAUGUCUAAAGUAUGUACAUAAAUAAUAAUAAAUUGGGUGAGAAAAAAGAUUGUAAAUCUUGAAAAAAUGGGGAUACUAAUUAUUAUACCUUUGUACUUGACAAUAGUUUUUUUGUUACCAUUUUUGUACAUAAAAUAUCAUACUAACAAAUUAUAUGACUUAUAUAAAAAGCUUUAGUUUUCAUCAUUAUGGCGAUGUGUAGUCUUCUCAAGUUCAAAUUAACAUUUUUUUUCAGUAUACUAUUUGAAAUAUAGCUCAUCUAAGAAUAACAAGCACAUUUAACAUACAGAAAUAAAAUGACUAAUCUACUAAGAAUUGUCUAAAAAAUAGAACAUUUAUAAGUUAUUACGAACAGACUGAUUUGGCCUUUCCAUAACGAACAAAAUUCAUGUUUCCACUUUUCCUGUUUCGUGGAAUGGCAAUCAAUAUUACCCUUUCGAGUCCUAGUCGAGAUAGUAGCCCACACACACAUUAGCUUUAUAUGCAGGAGUGCGUGACAGUCGAACUUACAAGAUACUACAUGCUCUAGAUUGCGUUACUGAAUAGGACGAGUAGGUAGAAGCUGCUGAUGCGGGUCUCUGUUGUACUGGUUCAAUUUUUCUCAAAUGAAUCUUAUCUUUAGGACCUUGACCUCUAGCAGAGGGAGGUCGACGGAAGAUAACGUCGUGGCCUUUGUCAAAAUUAUCCCAUGAUUUGGAAACUUCAUCGGGAGUUGCAUUUCUUUCAUCUGACUGUCGGCCUUUUAUUUUCGAGAUAAUUUCCUUUGGACAAUCAAUUUGAUCAUUGACUACUGUAUACGCUGUUACGACCCCGUCAGCACAUCCAAC